UCUAGGAAACUCUAGAACAUGAGUGCCACCUUUGUAUUAUUACUUCCUUCUCAUCGACCCAUUUUGUCUCGUACCUUCUAAUUUGCUAUUAUUUUUCUCUGUAUUUUCACCUCAUCUUUUAAUCUCUACUUCUUCAUUUUCAGUUUACUUUCAGUGUUCUGUAAUUCAUCAUUGCUAUAAAAUUUGUUGCAAAUAUGGCUGAACCGCAGUACAUUGUAGCAUCUGACAGUGAAACCACUGGAGAGGAGAAAUCUUCAUCUGCUUUUCCAGAAACUGCCAUUGGAAUUGACAUUGGCACUUCGCAAUGCAGUGUUGCAGUCUGGAAGGGCUCCCAAGUGGAGCUCCUCAAGAAUACUAGAAACCAGAAGCUGAUGCGAUCUUAUGUCACUUUCAAGGAUGACAGCACUUCAGGUGGAGUCAGUAAUCAAUCUCAUGAGCAUGACAUGUUAUCUGGAGCUGCAAUCUUCAAUAUGAAACGUCUGAUUGGCAGAGUAGACACUGAUCCAGUUGUUCAUGCAAGCAGGAGCCUUCCAUUUUUGGUACAGACUUUGGACAUUGGUGUUCGCCCCUUCAUUGCUGCCUUAGUAAAAAAUGCUUGGAGAUCCACUACCCCUGAAGAAGCUCUUGCUAUAUUUCUGGUGGAAUUACGACACAUGGCUGAAGUUCAGCUGAAGCGGCCCCUCAGAAAUGUUGUUCUGACCAUUCCAGUGUCUUUUAGUAGGUUCCAACUGACACGAAUUGAACGAGCUUGUGCCAUGGCCGGUCUUCAUGUCCUCAGGCUGAUGCCUGAGCCAACAGCUGUGGCGUUGUUGUAUGCUCAGCAGCAGCAACAGACUGUGCAUGAGAAUAUGGGCAGUGGAAGCGAGAAGAACGCUCUCAUAUUUAAUAUGGGUGCUGGGUAUUGUGAUGUAGCUGUGAGUGCUACUGCUGGAGGUGUUUCACAGAUUAAGGCCUUGGCAGGAGCUGCUAUUGGAGGAGAAGACAUACUGCAGAAUAUGAUGGAACAUAUAUUGCCAAAUUCAGUGAGCCUAUUUAUGAGCCAUGGGAUCAAUGAGAUCAAAUUGAAGGGAUUGCUUCGAGUAGGAACCCAAGAUGCAAUCCACAGGCUUUCAUCCCAGACUAGUGUUCAGGUUGAUUUUGAUUUGGGAGAUGGAAGAAAAAUAUGCAAGGUUAUUGAUCGGCAGGAAUUCGAGGAAGUGAACCAUAAGGUGUUUGAAAAGUGUGAGAACCUCAUAAAACAGUGCUUACAUGACUCAAAAGUAGACAUAGAGGAUUUGACUGAUGUGAUACUUGUAGGUGGAUGCUCAAACAUCCCAAGGAUAAGAGAUCUUGUUAAGAACAUAUGUAAAAAGGAAGAACUCUACCAAGAGAUGAACCCAUUGGAAGCUGCUGUAUGUGGGGCAGCACUUGAAGGAGCAGUGGCUUCAGGAAUAAGUGAUCCUUUUGGAAAUUUGGAUCUAUUGACAAUCCAAGCUACUCCUCUAGGAAUUGGGGUAAGAUCUGAUGGAAAUAAUUUUGUUGCUAUCAUACCUAGAAAUUCCACAAUGCCUGCAAGGAGAGAGCUGUCCUUUACAACCACUCAUGAUAACCAAACUGGAGCACUGAUCCUUGUUUAUGAAGGCGAAGGAAAGACGGUGGAAGAGAAUCAUCUGCUCGGCUACUUCAAACUUGUAGGAAUUCCUCCAGCAGCCAAAGGAGUUCCUGAAAUAAACAUUUGUAUGGACAUCGAUGCCUCGAAUGUGCUGAGGGUUUUUGCUGGAGUAAUGAUGCCUGGAGCCGAACAUCCUGUAGCACCUUUCAUGGAAAUGAGAAUGCCUACAGUUGAUGAUGGACACGGUUGGUGUGUUGAAGCCUUGAACAAGGCUUAUGGUUGUACGCUGGACCUAGUGACGGUGCACAAGAAGGUCUAACUAUGAUGAUUUUUUCUUUUUAAGAAUGAUACUGUGUUUGGGUACUUCCAAAAUGUGGUCAUGCUAAUGGGAAUAAACUCUGUAAAUGUUGACUUUGCUGUAAAUGUUGUUGCGUGUUAUAAUAAUUUGAGGGGAGUGAGCUUGUAUAUUCGUAAUGAUAA